UUGUGGGUGCUUGGCGGAAUUAUGGUGGCGGGGUAGGGCCUGGUUGCGCAGGGCCGGAGGCGGUUGCGGUGUGAGUACCGGGGAGGCGGUGGGUUCGUUUGAUUGGGCUCGGCUGCAGUGAGUCCCCGGGGCAGGGGUUGUUGUGGGGUCCCUGCAUGGGCCCUGUGGGGAGCGCUCCUGAGCAGAACAGCAGGGGCUGGCGGGUCGGGGUCCGGCGGGCAGGAGAUGUGAUGCCUCAUGAAACGGUGCGGUCGUGUUGUAUCUGAUUCUUCAGCUGAACUCAUAGACUCCCCUCGUUAUAUAGAAUUAGCACAGUAGUUAAAAUGACGACAGCAGCGAGGCCAACAUUUGAACCUGCAAGAGGAGGAAGAGGGAAAGGUGAAGGAGACUUAAGUCAGCUAUCCAAACAGUAUUCCAGCAGAGACCUUCCUUCUCAUACUAAAAUCAAGUACAGGCAGGCGACUCAGGAUGCUCCUGAAGAGGUGCGUAACCGUGAUUUCAGAAGGGAGCUGGAGGAGAGAGAACGGGUCGCUGCAAGAGAAAAGAACAGAGACAGACCAACCAGAGAACACACAACAUCAUCAUCUGUGUCUAAGAAGCCUCGGCUAGACCAGAUUCCUGCAGCAAAUCUUGAUGCAGACGAUCCGCUUACUGACGAAGAUGAUGAAGAUGAGGACUUGGAAGACAGUGAUGAUGAUGACACUGCAGCUCUUCUGGCUGAGCUGGAAAAAAUCAAGAAAGAACGAGCUGAGGAACAGGCUCGAAAGGAACAAGAGCAAAAGGCUGAAGAAGAACGAAUUCGGAUGGAGAACAUCCUGAGCGGUAACCCCCUGCUGAACCUCACCGGCCCCGCGCAGCCUCAGGCAAACUUCAAAGUGAAGAGGAGGUGGGAUGAUGAUGUUGUCUUCAAGAAUUGUGCCAAGGGGAUAGACGAAACAAAAAAGGACAAAAGAUUUGUGAAUGAUACUCUGCGAUCAGAAUUUCACAAGAAGUUCAUGGAAAAAUAUAUCAAGUAGUGCAGUUUUGUGUGUGGCAGUGCUGAAGGACUUGGAAGGCUGUGGCUGUUCCCUCCCUCUCUCUCAGAAUUCACGGCUGAACACUUGGUCCUCAAUUCCCAAAUGCUUUUCCGAGAUCAUCAAUAGCUUCAUAAUUAGUAAUUGCUAUGUAUCUGGAGUUUUUAUUCCUGCAGUAUGGUUUUCUUUUCAGUUUUGAUUAAAUCAGUUUGUUUGAAUGUUUUUCUGUUCAUGUGCUUUUACUGGCCACCUUGUAAAGGGCAGAAGGGAGAAGUUGGUUUACAAUAAAUACUUCAAAUUGUUUAAAUUGCUCUCCAGAUCAACCUGUAUUUGUACUGAGGGUGGUUUGUAGCUUACACAACUUACAGAAAUGUCAGUAUUAUCAAAGAUGGGGAGCAGCUGAGUAUGAUAAGCAGUAUCACAGAAUUGACCAGAUUGGAAAAGUCCUCAGAGAUCUUCAAGUCCAACCCUUGGUCCAACUCCAGUCCAUUGACCAGAUCAUGGCACUUAGUGCCAUGUCCAGUCUCAAUUUAAAAACCUCCAGGGACGGUGAGUCCACCACCUCCCUGGGCAGCCAUUCCAAUGCCUGACCACUCUCUCUGGAAACAAUUUCUUUCUAAUAUCCAGCCUAAAUUUCCCCUGGCAGAGUUGAAGCCCAUGCCCCCUUGUCCUAUUGCUGACUGCCUGGGAGAAGAGACCAAUCCCCACCUGGCUAUAAUUUCCCUUCAGGUAGUUCUAGAGAGUGAUGAGGUCACCUCUAAGCCUCCUCUUCUCCAGACUAAACAACCCCAGCUCCCUCAGCCUCUCCCCACAGGUUUUGCGUUCAAGUCCCUUCACCAGUCGUGUUGCUCUUCUCUGGACCCGCUCCAGCACUUCAAUGUCUUUCCUGAACUGAGGGGCCCAGAACUGAACACAAUACUCCAGGUGUGGCCUCCCCAAUGCAGAGUACAGGGGAAGGAUCACUGCCCUUGUCCUGCUGACCACGCUAUUUUUGGUAUGAACUGGAAAGAGCUAUAUUUCUGUCACAAACUGGACUUUCUCGUAAUGGCUACUUAGAAACUGAGUUAAUAAUCUUCCUUUUUAGUUCCUUCUUGCUCUCAACCAAGUUGUGGUUUGGUGGGGUAGCUCCAAGUUCUUCACAGCCCUGCUCUCUGGGCUCUCUUGGCUCAGCGUCCCUGGGGUGACACCACUUAAUACUUGGGGGAAUGUUGAGAGGAAAAUGCGCUGUGGAACUGUGGAGUUUUUUCCUCCUUAAUAAACUGUGUCAGUGCUUGA